AUGGCCCAGUCCGUGUGGGGCUACGACAGCGACAACGGACCCGAGCGCUGGCACGAAAACUACCCGCUGGCCAAGGGCGACAAGCAGUCGCCCAUUGAGAUCAACAGCAAGGAGGUGCAGCACGACUCCUCUCUCGCCUCCUGGCACGCCAGCUAUGACCCCGGGGCAGCGAAAACCAUCCUGAACAACGGGCGCACCUGCCGCGUCGUCUUCGACGACACUUUUGAUCGAUCAGUGCUGAGGGGGGGCCCGCUGAGCGGCGCGUACCGCCUGCGGCAGCUGCACCUGCACUGGGGCUCCAGCGACCAGCACGGCUCCGAGCACGCCAUCGACGGCGUCAAGUACGCGGCGGAGUUACAUAUGGUGCACUGGAAUCCAAAACACGGUAAUUUUGCUGGAGCUUUAAAACAACCUGAUGGUGUAGCUGUUGUGGGCAUUUUUCUCAAAGUUGGAAACACUCCCAAACCAGAGAUGAAGAGAAUUCUUGAAGAAAUUGAAAAUAUUAAAACCAAGGGGAAGGAGGCUCCUUUUCAACAUUUUGACCCUUCAAUUCUUUUCCCCAAAUCUCGUGACUACUGGACCUACCACGGUUCUUUCACCACACCCCCCUGUGAGGAGUGCAUCACUUGGAUUCUCCUGCGGGAGCCGAUUGAAGUCAGCUCAGACCAGAUGGCAAAGCUCCGUAGCCUUUCCAAGAACGCUGAGAAUGAACCCAUGAGCCCUCUUGUUGACAACUGGCGCCCGCCACAGCCCCUGAAGGGCAGGAUAGUGAGAGCCUCAUUCAAGUAA